GGCCAGCUCAGCUUCCUGCUCUUUCUCAGCUCGAUUCUACAAUGGCAACGUCGUAUGAGCCACAGCCCCUUCCUAGCGACUUCGUGCACCAGUCACCAACCGUCGUCGGAGCAAUGAAUAAAUGUAGACAAGCGGAAGCAAUCAUCAUGCGCGACCUGGAGAACAACACCGCUAGCGCAGACCUGGUGCUGCAGAAGAAGCUCGUCAACGUGCGGGUUCUAGGACACCUCCUAACCGUUGUGCCCACCAGUGCUGCUCAAGCUUACAUCGCCCAGCUGGCCGACUCUUGUCAAGAUGAGCAAGCACUUGUCGAACUGGGCGAAUUCUACGACAAGUACUUCAUCCGCGUUUCAUCGACAUCGAAUUUUUUCCUCGUCAUCUCUAUCGGGACAUAUAUGCUAUUCCCGAAACUUCAAGCUUGCGGAAGCUAAUGUACCAUAGUCGUUACCGGGCAAAGUCCCAUGUG